AUGAUCAGUAAAUUUUUUGGCUCUCCCGUUUCAUCCGAUGAUUCCAGUAGUAGUGGCGGCAACGUGGGCCAUGGAGAACCAAGUUCAUCAUCCUUCUCUCCCACAGCAGCAAGUGUCCGUAGUGAGAUGAAUAACAGUUUGAUUCAAGUAGCAUGUAAUUGUCAGAAUAUUUUGAUCGCUGGAUGUGGUGGAGGAUUUGAUGUAUAUUCGGGACUACCGUUGUAUUUUGAUUUGAAAGCAAUGAAUAAGAAUGUUUAUUUGGCAAAUUUGGCAUUUACGGAUUUGAGUAGGAUGGAUAACAAGACUGAGAGUAUCCUACUUCCAUCAUAUUCUUCGAAAAAAGUUCUCUAUGCCGUUCAUGCAGACUCCAAUAAUCAUGAUUUGGUCUAUUUCCCUGAAAAGUAUUUGUGUGAAUUUUUAAAGCAGAAUAGUUUUGAUGAAAAUCCAAUCGUUUAUACGUUUGAUAGAAGUACUGGAGUGGUGGGAAUAACUGAGGGUUACGAAAUUAUCAUUCAAAGACAUGGCAUUGACUUGUUGAUAUUGGUCGAUGGUGGAAAUGAUUCACUAAUGAGAGGAAAUGAGGAACAACUUGGAUCUCCUCAUGAAGAUUGUAUGAGCAUUGCAGGAGUAUAUGCAAUUUCUGAAAAUGUUCUUCCAAUGGACAAAAGAAUCAUGACCUGUAUUGGAUUUGGUGUGGACCAUUUUCAUGGUGUACAUUCCUCCCUAUUUUUUGAAAACACGAGUAGUAUCAUUUCACAAUACGAUGGUGGAUUCAAAGGAGCUUUUUCAGUGCUGAAAGAAUGGAAUUGUUUUGUAUUAUUCAAACAAGCAUGUGAUUAUGCUUUUAAAAAGAUGCCACACAAUGCAUCAAUCGUGUCAAGUUCUAUCAUUGCUGCAAUUGAGGGUCAUUACGGUAAUUAUCAUCCACCAGAAAUUAAGGAUCGAGUGAAAUAUUCAACAUUGUACAUUAACCCAAUGAUGGGAAUGUAUUGGGUUUAUUCAGUGAAAGCCAUUGCUAAUCAAUUGAUGUAUUUGAGUUUUAUUAAGGAUUCACAAAGUAUGAUGGAGGUGGCUGAUGGGUUGCGAAAAUACAGAAAUUCUUUGAAAACAUUUAGAAAGCCAUCACCUUUUCCUCAUUGA